AUGCUAAGAACCCGAACUUCCCUGAGUACUUGGAGCCAGGAAAGAAGCAUGAACUGGCUUGUGCUCCUUGGGCUGGUGGCCUUCUCAGAGUGCAUAGUCAAUAUACCUCUAACGAGAGUGAAGAUCAUGAGAAAAACCCGCAGUGGAAAAAAUAUGCUGAAAAAUUUCCUGAAGGAACAUGCUUACAGACUGUACCAGACUUCUUCUCCUGGCUCAAAUAUAGCUACUCACCCCCUGAGAAACUUCCAGGAUAUGGUCUAUGUGGGUAACACCACCACUGGAACACCCCCUCAGGAAUUCCAGGUUGUCUUUGACACAGGCUCAUCUGACUUGUGGGUGCCCUCCAUCUUUUGCAACAGCCCAACCUGUUCUACACACGUUAGGUUCAGACAUCUUGAGUCUUCCACCUUCCGUCCUACCAAAAAGACCUUCAGGAUCACCUAUGGAUCCGGGAGCAUGAAGGGAUUUCUUGCUUAUGACACCGUCCGGAUUGGGGACCUUGUAAGUACUGAUCAGCCAUUUGGUCUGAGCUUGACAGAACACGGGUUUGAGGAUACACCUUUUGAUGGCAUCUUGGGCUUGAGUUACCCUGACAUAUCCCUCACUGGAGGCAUCCCCAUCUUUGACAACCUGAAGAAACAAGGUGCCAUUUCUGAGCCUGUUUUUGCCUUCUACUUGGGCAAGACAAAGGGAAGUGUGGUGAUGUUUGGUGGGGUGGACCACCGCUACUACAAGGGAGAGCUCAACUGGGUACCAUUGACCCAAGCGGGUGACUGGCGUAUACACAUGGACCGCAUCUCCAUGAAAAGAAAGGUUAUUGCUUGUUCUGGCGGCUGUGAGGCUCUUCUGGACACUGGGACAUCACUGAUCAUUGGCCCAAGAAGACUGGUGAAUAACAUCCAGAAGCUCAUUGGCGCCACACCACGGGCUUCCGAGCACUAUGUUUCUUGUCUUGCGGUCAAUAUCCUGCCGUCUAUUAUCUUCACCAUCAACGGCAUCAACUACCCAGUGCCAGCUCGAGCCUACAUCCUCAAGGAUUCUAGAGGCCACUGCUACACUGCCUUUAAAGAGAACACAGUGAGAUCUACAGAGACCUGGAUCCUGGGUGACGUCUUCCUGAGGCUGUAUUUCUCAGUGUAUGAUCAAGGAAAUGACAGGAUUGGCCUGGCAAAGGCAUCAUAA